UUGCCUUGUGCUUGUGUCUAAUGCUGGAUUAAUGGUUGUAUUGACGUCUCGUGUUUCUACUGUAGGCUCGUGUUCAGGUCCGACUGUGCUGUGCUGUGCUGGUAUGAACUACGACUGUUUUAGAGGCUGUUUUUGUGAUGAAGUCUGCAAAAACUUAAAAGACUGCUGUCCUGACUUCAACAGCACCUGCUUUUUCAAUUCUACAACUUCACCACCUUCAACCAACUCCACUACAGCCUCUCAGUUCACCUACACUACUCCAUCCACUUCCACCCAAUAUACCUCCGCCUCAACUUCUUCAUCCACUUCCACCCAAUAUACCUCCACCUUAACUUCUCCAUCCACUUCCACCAGAUAUGCCUCUACAGUCCAACCCAAAGAUGUUCUUACAAUACUGACUAAUCUGGAGGUGGAGGUUUUGGCUGAGGAGUCGUCCACUGAAAAAGAGAGGCAGGAUGCACUGCGUCAGGUUUUCUCAGAUUUGAUGAUGAGUUUAGCAGAAAAUGACACUGAUAUCUACUCAUAUGAGGUCACGAGAAUUCAGCCAUUAUCACCAUGUGAUUGAGUCAGGAAUCAACCCAGAUGAAGACAUUCACACUGCUGCUGGACUUUCACUAAUUUAAGAAGAGAUCUGAACAUUUAUGUUGACAAUUCAACUAAUUUGUGCAUUUCUGACACAAAAUCAUUGUAUGUGCUUUAAACUAACACACACACACGCUAACUGAUGUGAAGUAUGUGAUGAAUGUAGUAAGGAAACAGAUUUAUUAUCUACUGUCAUGUAAUCCUUUGUUCCUCCUUUCAUUAGCACAGAUCAGAAUCUGCUCAUGUACUUGACACUGUUUUGUUUUUUGUGUGUGAUUGCUGUAUAAUGAUUACACUGCAAAUAAACACCAGAUGAGGAA